CCCAAGCAAACCGGAAGUCGUAUCACGCGCUCGCGCAGAAGCUGAGUUUGGCGCGCGGUUCAAAAGCCAGAAUUGUCAGCGCGCGCGCGAGUGAGAGAAGAGCGACACUGACAGACAGGAGUCUUUUUUCUGUUUAAGAGUAAAACAGAACCGAGUUUAAUCCGCGAAUCAUCUCAGCGACAUGAAAAUGUCAACCAGCACAUCAAAGAAGAGAAAACAGUGCUCUCCGAACACUGAAAGUAAUCCAGCGAAGAAGAAAUCCUUGAGACAGGAGAGUUACGCAAAGAGAACGUCCGCUCGGCUGAAGGAGAACUGCCCGUCUCUGCUGAAUUCCCCUGAAAGGAUGCGUUCCCCAUCGCGCUCUCCCAGUACACCCAGAAAGAUGCCGCGCACCUCCACGUUGGAGUCUCCUCCUAAAAGAGCGUCUCCUUUCAAAGCCACACUCAGAGCAGGGUCGUUUUACAGCAAGCAGAAACCCCUUUACCUCACCCCGCUCGAAAGGAAGGUGCUCAAGGAAACCAAGUCGCCUCCCUCAAACCAAGAUCAGCCGAGCGCUCCUGUGUCAUCAGGAGGGAACAUCAAAACCAAAAAGCCUAAAAAGAAGGAGAAAGUGAGAGCACAGAAAUCCAACCUAAAGGGCUACUUCGCACCUAAACCCACCUGGAGCACGAAAGCAGAUUCAUCCACAAACACCUUGGAGGUGAAGAAGCAGACCUCUAUUACGUUCGGUAGUUUGAAAUCCAAAAACAAACCCAGGAUCGUCAUCGGCGCUGCUUUCUUCGGCACUGGGAAAAAGCCAGCGUCCAUGUACAAGCCUCACGCUCCGAAACCGAAGCCCAAACAAGCCACCUCUCAAAAACCUGCAGUGGAGAAGAGUGUGGCUCCAGCGCAGAGAGAUCAAUCUCCAGUGCGCCAGGCUGUUUUUAUUCAUAAACCUAAACCGAAUCCUCAGCUGCUGUCUAAACCCGGAGACUGUGGUGCUUCUGAGGGCGCAGAACAGACAUCACAUCCUCAGCCCUUGAGCUCUCACAGUCUCUCACAGACUGCUGAGGUUAACAAGGCAGUAACUAGGAAACCUCAUUCACCAAUCAAAUCCUUAAUCUCAGAUCACCAGGACACACCUGCCACUCCUGGCUCAGACACGGUGCUGGACGCCAGUGAAAUCAGUAACUCAAAUAACAGCAGCUGUUCAGAUAACGAAACUUCAGCCGUGUACCCCAUCUUCGGCUCCAGAAGGUCUCAGAAGAAGUGUGGUCUGUCCUCCCCUCUGAACUGCAGCACUCCGUCUGCUGGCACGCCGUCUCUCUUGGUUAAAGAAAGGAGCUCCAGGAGGAAGAAGGAGCUGAAGAAGCAGAAUGAUGAUGAUCAGCUCAUCAUUGAUGCUGGCCAGAAGCAGUUUGGUGCUACUACAUGUAAUUCAUGUGGCAUGCUGUACAGUGCAGACAGUCCAGAGGACAACUUCCAGCACACGCAGUUCCACCAGCGCUUCCUCGACACCAUCAAGUUUGUGGGCUGGAAGAAGGAGAGGGUUGUGGCAGAAUUCUGGGAUGGAAAAAUCAUCCUUGUUCUUCCUGAAGACCCAAAGUAUGCAACUAAAAAGGCAGAGGACGUGAGACGUAUUGCAGAUAGUGAGCUUGGAUUUCAGCAAGUCAACCUCAGCAGCCCCAGUGCUGCCAAAACCUACCUGUUCAUCAACAGUGACAAGAUGGUGGUGGGCUGCCUGGUGGCAGAGCCCAUAAGACAGGCGUUCAGAGUGCUGGCACAGCCAGAGAAGCCCAAAGACAUGACCAAGGAGGACUUCAUGGACCACCACAGAGCCUGGUGCUGCUCCAGCGUCCCGGAGAAGGCCAUUUGUGGAGUGAGUCGAAUCUGGGUGUUCAGCCUGAUGAGGAGAAAGAGCAUUGCCACACGUCUGCUAGACACCGUCAGGGGAUCGUUCAUGUAUGGAAGCCCACUGACCAAAGAAGAAAUCGCCUUCUCUGACCCCACUCCUGAUGGCAAGCUCUUUGCUACGAAGUACUGUGGAACUCCCGCGUUCCUGGUCUAUAACUUCAUUGGCUAAUUUUUUAAAACUGGUUUAAUGUUUGCUCACUGUUUUAUACUCUGUAGACUGAUAAAUAACUUGCUGCUCUUCUGUUUUAUAAUGUUUUUAACAGAUUAAUUCAGUGCUAAUGGAUGUUUUUUCCAACACGCAUUUAAUGGAACAGUUGGUCAAAAAAGACAAAUUGAUACACGUGCCUUGAAAGAUUUUUGGCUCAGUAAUCCAAUCUGUACAGUUUCAUAAAUCUAUAUAUAUAAAAAAUAUAUAUACAAAUAAAAUCAGGUGCACAUGCAGUUAUUUAAACAUGCACACACUUUUCAGUGCCAAACAAAGAAGCAAAAUUCAGACAGUGAAACAUGACUCAGCUCAGUGCUUACAUUAAGGAUAAGUGGGAAAUAGUGUACACUUCAUAUUUUUUGCUUAAUCCAUGAAGUUCAAUCUGUGUGGAAAACUUUCCAAGUUAGUUUUUAGAUGUGAAUUUUUCACUUCAAGUUUGUUACUCAGGCAAGUUGGCAAGUUCAUGUUUUAUCUCCUGUUUUUAAGAUGAAUGAAUUGGGAGUUGAUGACCCGUCAUGUUCUGAGAACAGUCUGCUAGUAUAAAUGAUUUAUGUGCAGUCUUUAUUUGUAAAUAUUUUAAAUAAAUGUUGCUGCUAAG